AUGGAUGAAGAGUUCUCACUAGAAAGUUACUUGGACCAGUGCACAAGCCAGGACGACCUUCCGCCAACUAGCCCACCUAUGUAUACACCUAUGAGCCCCUUUGCGACCGACCUGCCUAUUCCUUCAUCUCUGGAUGUAUCAUUUAGUUCUCAUCCUGAUGAGAUCAAAGAUUUCUCUUCGGUGGAUCUCAGCUUCCUACCAGAUGAUUUAGGCCGGGAUAACAAAGACGAUGGAGGCAGCAUGUUGGAAGAGCCAAAUGGGUCUCAGCCGGGGAUCCAAGAUAGUGGGGCAUUCCUGGAUGGCCGCAACCUAUCUAGAUCGAGGGAUGAAAACUCAACCCAGCCAUUGACUGACCCAUCGGAGUCCAGUCUCCCCAUGACCCCUAUGACCCCAAGGACCCCCAUGACCCCCACCUCUGAAAGUUCGGGCAUCGUCCCACAAUUACAGAAUAUUGUGGCCACUGUAAACCUGGCUUGCAAGCUAGACCUGAAGAAUAUAGCUCUUCAUGCCAGAAAUGCAGAAUACAACCCAAAGAGGUUUGCUGCUGUGAUCAUGAGAAUCAGAGAACCCAGAACAACAGCGCUUAUAUUUAGUUCCGGCAAAAUGGUCUGCACAGGAGCAAAAAGCGAAGAACAGUCUCGGCUGGCAGCCCGGAAAUACGCCCGAGUGGUACAAAAACUCGGCUUCCCUGCAAAAUUCCUGGACUUCAAAAUCCAGAACAUGGUGGGCAGCUGUGAUGUGAAGUUCCCCAUUCGGCUAGAAGGCUUGGUUCUAACGCAUCAGCAGUUCAGCAGCUAUGAACCAGAACUGUUUCCUGGCCUUAUCUACAGAAUGGUCAAACCAAGGAUUGUGCUGCUUAUCUUUGUAUCUGGAAAAGUUGUAUUAACUGGCGCCAAAGACCGUUCUGAAAUAUACGAAGCCUUUGAAAACAUCUACCCAAUCCUGAAAGGUUUCAAGAAAUCCUCUUAA